AUGGUUGCUCUCGCCCUCGCCCUCGGCGCCGCCAUCUACUUCACGGCCGAAAAAGUGCGGGACCACAAGAAAAAGAAGGCCGCCCUCAAAGACAAAGACCAACAGGCACCGCCCUACGACUCGAUCCCUCCCAGUGCCUCGGCCUUGGAGAACAGGGCGGCCCGUCGCUCCGUGGACCAGCUCCCGCAAUAUGUGUUCAUUCCUCAUCAACCUCACUGUCUAGAAUUACUAUUACCUCUCUUCCUCGACACAGCGCGUCAGACUAUUGCGAGACAAGACAGUGCAUUCCACCUCCAUCAACCCCCAAAAGACACCAUGACAGGCAGUCUCCGCAAAGAAUGCGACAAGGCGGCGCAAAUCCUCAAGAGCUUCGUUGGCGCAGACAAAGGCCGAAUACCCGCACAGGUCAUCGCCAACGCCAAAGGGCUCGCCAUCUUCUCGGGCUUCCGCGCCGCCAUGUACCUCGCCGGGGCGGGUGGGUCUGGGGUGGUCGUCGCGCGACUCGCCGACGGAUCGUGGUCCGCACCCUCGGCAUUCUCCGUGCGCUCGGGCGGCAUCGGGGUCGUCUACGGCGUCGACGUGUACGACUGCGUGUGCGUGCUCAACACGCGGGAGGCUGUCGACGCGUACAUGACCAGCGAAAUGACCAUGGGGGCGGGUGCGUCAGUGGCCGCCGGCCCCAUCGGCGGCACCGCAGAUAUCAGCACCAAAGAAGUCAACCCGAUCUGGACGUACACAAAGUCCCGCGGCCUCUACGGCGGGUUAACCGUCGACGGCACCGUCAUCAAGGAACGCCCGAGCAUCAACGUCGACGCGUACGGGUCGGGUGUCACGGCGGCCAAGAUCCUCAAGGGCGAGACGGAGUGGCCGGCAAAGACGCAGCUGCGAGAGGUCCUCAAGCUGGCCGGGGGGGAGAGCGCGGAUGGGAAAGUUCUUGGGGCGAUCAGCACGGAGCCGACGCCGGGGGAUCUGAAGGAGUGA